UGAAACCAGGUCAAACGAAUGGGUUGACUGAAACAAAGUAGGUGGGGUUUGCAAAGAAAUUCGACUCUAUAAAAUGUUGAGUGUGGAUUUGAAGAGAUGCAGCAGUUUGUCCCACACACGGCACGCAGGGGGAACCGAGUCUCCCCGGCACAGUGAUGACCGUUCAGCUGCAUUUAUGAGCACACUCACAGGAUCUAUGGACAGGCACUUGCAGAAACAACAACACUGGCAGAACACUUGCAGAGCUCAAUACUGAAACUUACCGCAAGUCUGCAGAAAAUCUCACUCGCUGGAUACACUGCUUCAGACGUAAUCAUCGCAUCAUCAUCAGAGCUCAUCCAUCAUGGGUCACUACACCUUUGCAUUACCGACAGGGCUUUUUCUUCUUCUGGUGACCCGGACUGUGUUUGCCAUGGUGUUGUUUAAUGCCACAGAUCUCGGCUUUCUUUUGGAGAAGUACCUGGAGGAUGAUGCUGAUGAUGAUGCUGGUGACAGAGUGAUGGAGCGACAGAGAGGCAAGAGAGCGAUCACUGCCAGUGACAUGCAGGCCAUCUUGGACCUUCACAACAAACUCAGAGGACAAGUUUACCCACCGGCUUCAAAUAUGGAGUACAUGGUGUGGGACAAUGAACUGGAGCGGAGUGCUGAGGAAUGGGCCGAGACCUGCCUCUGGGAGCAUGGACCAGCAGGCCUGCUGCCUCAGAUUGGUCAGAACCUCGGAGUUCACUGGGGAAGGUAUCGACCACCUACUUCUCAUGUACAAGCCUGGUACGAUGAAGUCAAAGACUACUCAUUUCCAUACCCCCAAGAAUGUAACCCUCACUGCCCUUUUAGGUGCAGUGGUCCAGUUUGCACCCACUACACUCAGCUUGUUUGGGCAACAAGUAGUCGAAUUGGCUGUGCGAUCAAUGUGUGCUACAACAUGAAUGUGUGGGGCCAGAUCUGGGCAAAAGCUGUUUAUCUUGUGUGCAACUACUCACCAAAAGGUAACUGGUGGGGAUAUGCCCCAUAUAAACACGGCACCUCUUGCUCUGCGUGUCCACCAAGCUAUGGAGGAGUGUGCAGAGAAAACCUCUGUUAUAAAGGUGAUGGAAAAAAUAGGCAAAGCCCAAGUGAGGAAACACAUGAAAGAAAUUCAAUAGAACCAGAGGCCCCUCACAGCCCUGGGCCCCGUUUACGGCCCCCAAGUCCAACCAGACACCCAAAUGCAGUUGUGAGCAAAGAACAGAUGUCCCAGACUGUGACAUGUGACACAAAGCUAAGAGACCAGUGUAAAGGCACCACAUGCAAUAGGUACGAGUGUCCGGCUGGUUGUUUGGACAGCAUGGUGAAAGUGGUUGGAACUGUAUAUUAUGACAUGCAAUCCAGUAUUUGCCGGGCAGGCAUUCAUUACGGUGUCAUUGACAAUGAUGGAGGCUGGGUGGAUGUCACAAGACAGGGCAGAAAAGACUUCUUUAUUAAAUCAUAUAAAAAUGGACUUCAGUCCCAUGGAAAGUACCAGAGUGCAAAUGCCUUCACAGUAUCAAAAGUUACGGUGAAAGUAAUCACUUGUGACACUACAGUGUCAGUGCUGUGUCCUUACCAAAAGCCUGCAAGACACUGUCCAAGGAUUUACUGUCCUCGAAACUGCUUGGAAGAAAACUCCCAGCUUUCUCGAGUCAUUGGCACCAGAAUUUAUUCAGAUAAAUCUAGUAUAUGCAGGUCUGCAAUCCAUGCUGGUGUUGUAAGCAAUGAGUCAGGUGGUUACAUCGAUGUGAUGCCCACAGACAACAGGAAGCUGUACACUUCUUCAUACCAGAAUGGCAUAGUCUCAGAAAGCCUACAGAACCCAGCGGGAGGAAAGGCAUUCAGAGUAUUCGCAGUUAUUUGAGCAUGUGCUGAAGUCACGGUCACUCAUCAACCUGUUCUGUUGAUUAGGCUGUAAUACUGGCCAUUAAGAGGCUUUUUUCACUCUAACCAGCCUGUAUUUCCUUACACACAAAUGUUGAAUGAAGUAGGUAUUUGCUGUAUAGAUGGAAACCCUUUCCAGUGCUGAUUACCCAUUUUAUUGGUUGAAAUGUAUGUGAUUAAGGGAUGAUUCAGGGAAUGAGGUGUCUGUUUUGCAGAGAAAAAGCACUUAAGGAUUUUUUAUCUUGCCUUAUUUUCAUUUCAGAACUUUUGUAGUGUAUCUAUGAUAUAUUUUAGUUUCAUUACAUGUUGGGGAAGUUCUCAUUCAUUUAUAGUUUCGUUAUUAUUUUUUUUAUAACUGUAUUUAUUUUUUUAUAUAUUGCUUUAAGGCAAGAAAAGACUGCUGAUAAGGUUUUGUUAAAGUUUUUGCAGAUUACUUUGAUGAUAAUGAAGAAUGUGGAUAAUCCUGCAGGGCAGGAGAUUACAUCUAAAUUUCAAGAACAUCAGAAAAAAAACU